CUGGUGCGUUAUCUGCAGCGUGCAAGCGUUCCGGUUUAAUCCCAAAAAAAACGCUGGAACGAGAGAGUUACUUUAAAAUACGCUGUAUUUUAAACCGAAACCACAACCGACCAUACCACACAAUGCAUGGCUGUCACUGACAUUUCAAAGAAUUUAAAAAGUAUGCAGUAAACACAAAGCGUUUAACGCUGCACUGCAUUCGAACUCCGAAACUCCAGUAACUGAUUGAGAACUAGUCACCACCCCGCCCUUCUACAGAGACAAACCGGUCCAAGCAGAAAACUCUCCACAGACACAUCACAGCGGCCGCUUACAGGUGAAUGGGAAAGUUUGCUGCUGUUGUCGGACAUGUCUUCUAGAAGAAUACACGUCCAGUAAUUUAUCUGGAAAAAGCUUUUUCAUUUUAGUUGAAGUGCAUUUUCAUCUGCAGUCACGAUGGAGCAAAAGAAGAAAAUCUGGCCCAAUCUCCGUGACAGAGGCAGGUUUAAUCUGAAGAUCGGAAAGAAGGGUCUGGGGAAGAAGAAAAAGACCCCUCUGAAAUACAGGAGGAGUAUGUCAGUACCAGACCUCAGGAUUAAUCCCAGUGCCAUGAUGGAUUUGCAGGAUGAUUCCAGGACGCCAGGUCAAGAGACCAUCUUCUUUGGAAACGUGGAAGGUUCAUGUGACCUGGAUGAAACGGGAAGCGAAACCUCCAGCAUUGCCUUAUCUGAGCGGUUAAGUGUCGCUGACUUGCCAUACUCCUGUAGCCCCGCGCCGUCAGAGAGAUCAGCUCCUGUUGACUUUCCAGUUUUAUUAGAAACCGACAAGCGGCAAAGAGCCACGACGUGGUACAUAGAUGAUUUAGAUGCAGUGACCGGACCUGUGUAUCCACCUACAGAAAGACAGGUGGCACCUGAAAGAAAAUCGCCUGGUCAGAGACUAAAAGACCCCACAGACAGACUGGCUGCGGCCCUCGGUAGAGUCGGAGCGGGAAGACAGACGCCUCCUUCACGAGGUUCAGACGAAAUGUCUACACUGACCACCACGGAGUCGGUCAGCAGUAUUCCACCUGAGGAGAAAUGUCCUGCCGAGUACCAGCCAUCCUCUCCGCUGGAAAUGUUCAUUGCAGGGUCAGCUGAGGACAUGGACAUUCCCAAUGAAACCAGUGACUUUGAUGCACUCGCAGAACAAGAACAAAAUUUUCCAGCAGGAUUAAAUGACAGUCAGAGUGCUUCAGGGCUGCAGAAGGUCCAGUACCUCCUAGCCAUCAACCUAAAGGAAGGAAAAAACCUGGUAGUCAGAGACCGCUCAGGUACAAGUGACCCGUUUGUCAAAUUCAAAUUAGAUGGCAAGAACAUCUACAAAAGCAAAGUUGUGAACAAGAACCUGAAUCCCAUUUGGAAUGAAUCGUUCUCCUUUUCCGUCAGAGACCUCGAUCAGGUUCUUCAUCUUAAGGUAUAUGAUCGAGACCUCCGAUCCAAUGACUUCAUGGGUUCAAGCAGCAUUCCUCUCUGUAAACUGGAGUUGGACAGAAUAAUCCCCAUGACGCUACCUUUGGAGGACCCUAACAGUGCAGAGACAGAUAUGGGAGCGAUCGUUCUAGAGGCAUGCCUGUCCGUCCGAGAGGAACCUGCCAAACGAAAUAAGUGGCUACUGAGAAGAAAGGGAAGCUUUAAUAAGGGACAGCCGAUAAGCCCGGCGCAGGUUUUGCUUCUCACGAGUGGACAGAGGAGUCAGGUGUGGACUGGAAUUUACACCGUCAUCCUGGUGGAAGGCCAAAACAUGCCCGACUGCGGUCAGGGAGACAUCUACGUGCGCUUCAGAGUGGGUGACCAGAAGGUCAGGAGCAAGAAUCUGUGUAUUAAGGCAAACCCGCAGUGGAGAGAGUCCUUCGACUUUAACCAGUUCCAGGAUGCACAGGAGAAUCUGCUGGUGGAGGUUUGUUGCAAGAGGGGCAGGAAGUCAGAGGAGAGCUGGGGAUUACUAGAUAUUGACCUGACCAGACUUCCUGUGAAUCAGAGGCAGUUAUAUACUCACGAGCUGGACCUAAACAAGGGCCGACUGGUGUUUUUGGUCACACUGACCCCGUGUUCUGGUGCGUCCAUCUCAGAUAUUCAGUCAGCUCCAUUAGAUAACCCUACAACCUAUGAAGAGAUGCAGGAGAAAUAUGCACUGAUGAACUGUCUGCGAGACUUGAAGGAUGUUGGCUAUCUUCAAAUCAAGUUAAUAAAAGCUACAGAUCUUCCAUCAACAGAUUUAAGUGGGAAAAGUGACCCUUUUUGUACCCUUGAGCUUGGUAAUAGCAAACUGCAAACUCACACAAUAUCCAAAACCCUGAAUCCUGAAUGGAGAACAGCCCUUACAUUUCCCAUUAAGGACAUCCAUGAUGUUCUGGUCCUCACAGUCUAUCAUGAUGAUGGGGACAAAGCUCCAGACGUCUUGGGAAAAGUUGCCAUUCCAUUGUUGACUGUUUCUAAUGGACAACAAAUAACCACAACACUGAAGAAUAAUAAUCUAUCGAGGACAACCAAAGGAAGCAUCACACUGGAGCUGAGUGUUCUCUACAAUCCUAUCAAAGCAGGUGUAAAAACCUUCAAGCCGAAGGAAACAAAGUUUGCCGAGGACAACCCGAAGUUUAACAAAAAGCUUUUAGCACGUAAUAUCUAUCGAGUGAGGAAGAUCAGCAUGGCCAUUCUCUAUACGCUGCAGUAUAUUAAAAGCUGCUUCCACUGGGAGAACACGCGAAGGAGUAUUACAGCCUUCCUGAUAUUUGUGGUGACAGUGUGGCUUUGGGAGCUGUUCAUGUUGCCUCUCUUCCUCCUUCUGCUCAUUGGCUGGAACUACUUCCACAUCACACCAGGCAUGGCCAGCUACAGUCAGGACUUGGAGAACAUGUCCGUGGCCGAGGAUGAGGACGAGGAUGAAAAGGAAUCAGAGAAAAAAGGACUGAUGGAAAAAAUCCACAUGGUUCAAGAAAUUGUGCUUACAGUUCAGAACACUUUAGAUGAAGUGGCUUGUAUUGGGGAAAGAGUGAAAAACACAUUCAACUGGUCAGUACCGUUCUUGUCGUUCCUGGCCUGCCUGGUUCUGUUUCUGGCGACUGCCGCCUUGUACUACAUCCCACUGCGGUACAUAGUUUUAGUGUGGGGUGUUAACAAAUUUAGCAAGAAGCUUUUCAACCCAUAUGCCAUCGACAAUAAUGAAAUACUGGAUUUUCUCAAGAGGGUGCCUUCUGAUGUUCAAAAGGUGCAGUACAGCGAGCCGAGAGCUGAGCUCGGCAACCAGGGCCCAGCGAAGAAGAAACGCUUGCGCUGAAACCCGACGGACGUGUCGGAUGAAAGGGACGGACGGCGUUUCAAGACACGGUCUGUUUAAGUCAUAAUGCCCCGUGCGAAUGGAGAAGGAGCCCCCUUGUGCCAAACCAUCCCUAUUUCCACUGAGGUGUAUUCAUAGGUUGUGUGAUACUGUGUGUGUGUGAGAGAGAGAGGGGCCCCUCCUGACGGGGCCUUUGGCCCUCACAAACUCACAUGGUCACAGUGUCUGAGCAUAUGACGGGCUCCACCGGCCUCUGCAUGUGGUCACACUGAAAUGCAAUGAAAUACAACGCAGCCUUUUCACAUAUUAAUAUCUUUUUAGAGACCGCAUUCUGGUUCAUUUAACAAACGAAACAUACGUGCUUCCUGUUGUUUGUGUUUACAGCAGGGAAUAUUUAAAUGAGGGCAAAAUAUAUUUAUGAGAUACUUGUUUAAGCAGUUUUAAAUGCCAUUUAACAUACAGCCUACUGUUCAAAAUUGUUAUUACAACGUAUGCUGUUUUUUUUCUAUGAAUCUUCUAUGUUUAGUACAUUUAUGCAGAAGAUAAACAUGACUUAAAAAGUUUGACAUCUUAAAUGCGUUUUUCUUCUCUCGCAUCCUUAAAUCUGCGUUAUUUGUGAAAGAUACACACAGUAUUAUUACCCAGCCCACACUUCAGAAGAGGAUGCUGGUCACUGUUGGAGGAAAACAUCAAAGUCUGUGUGUGUCCAGAGCAGUCAGCUAAUGCACCGCUUUUGUAGUUCGCUGACAAUAACAAGGUCCAGAUGAGAGAGCUCAUCUCUCAUAAAGAGGGAGGGAGAUCGAGAUAGAGAGAGAGAGUAAGAGAGAGAGAGAGAGAGUGAGUAUAUACACUCCAUACCCCGCACUUAGCGUCUCCCAUUUUCAUUAAAAUCACCUCCAGUGCCUAAUGGCUCUCUACUAGACCCAUCACUCUGUAGUGUUAGCACCAGUGAUGGGGCUUCAAGUAGAGCAAAUGGAGAUUUCCUGCCUCAUCAACUUAUUUAUUCAUAUUACAGACAUAUUCCAGCCUCUCCGCUAUCAGAGAGUCAUUUUUACAGAAAGCAACAUUUCCAAAGUGGUGCAUCUUGAAUGUUGGCAUUCAGAGCGUCGAUUUGAAAUUAAUAUUAAGCCAUUAUUAACAUAUUAAUAAAGUUAACAGCGAGCGCCGUGUUCGUAUGCACCUUUUUUCAGAGCGCUAAGUUUUGUCCUUCGCCUCGACGUACGGACAACUUUAUCAGAGCGAGCCGGGAAAAGUUUCUUUCAAAGAAAUGUAAAACCGAACAGAAAGAAGAAACUUCCUCAGAUGUCGUCCGCUCGCCUGCUCUCCCUCAAUAAUUUAGCGUGCGAGGUAAAUAGCCGAGCAGACGCUUUGUAAAAAUAGCCGUAGCCAUACAGAUGAGCCCGAGACCCCAGCUCAGAGAGUUUGUUCAGACUGAUUGGAGUGCUCAGCAUCCCAGCCUGCCCCCCUCCGUCUCUUUCUCCCACCCUCCCUUCACUCCUCUGCAGUUUGGUGCUGGUGAAAGAGCAUCGGUUGGUGCAGCGUGAAGAGUUUGAUUGGCUCUCAGGGACCUGCUGGAGCCUGGGGCUAUCUCUUUUGACAGUCUGAUAGAGACAUCACGGCACUCUCCCAGGAGCUGCCACCGGGGGUCCGAUUCAAAGCGAGGGGGAGUGGAGGUGACCCGCGACGCUCUGACGAGAGAAAUCCCACACAUAAACUCCUGCACCGACUCCGCUGGGGGGCCACAGAGAGGGAGAGCGAGGAGGGGAGGGCCAGUGUCCCUUAGCUCAGUAAAUGAGACCCCAUCAGAUGUCUGCGUGAGGUGAAACCAAUUAAACAAUGCUCGCAGGAAAGCGCUAGUCGCCGGGUUGGCACCAAAACUUGAAAGCGAGCCUCUAAGUGGAUCUGAAGUGUUUGUGCUGGAGGAGAGCAGCGGUCUUCAAAAAUUCAAGACCGUCUCAAAAACGCAGAUGAAAUGAGGGGCUGCCGAUUGGAAUUUCUCGUAAAGAGAGGCCCGAAGCAGCAUUCAUCUCAGAGAGCUCGUGUUGACAAGUGUUUUUGGGUAAACUGCCUUGAUGAAAAUCUUAUGCUUUGAUGCUUCAGACAUUUAGAAAAGUCAAAUUGUGGGCCGAAAAUGAAUGCACAAAAUAUUAGCACACCCUCUAACAAGCAGCUCUCAACUGUCAACUAAACAGCUCUAAACAUCGUCAACUGUGAAUAGUUUGUUUCAACAAAAUAUAGAUCAACAGUUUUAUACACAUUUUAGAUCACAUAAAAGAUGGAUGGAAUCAAGCAAUCAAAAUCAAAUCAUAUAUACAAUACAUUUUAAUUUAUUGUUAUUAUUGUCAUGCUUUAUUUAUUUGUUUUAUCCUGCGUUGUCCUCGAUGGCUUCAUUUUAGAUUUCUAAUUUGUGAUCAAAAACUGUGACUACUUGACAAAACCUGAUUGAGAUUUAAACUUGCUUUAUAACUGUUUUUGCAAUAUUACAUUAUUUUUAUUAGAUGAAUUCAAUUCUCAACUUGGAUAGAAACCUAGGUAGUGACGGAGGACAAUGGAGACAAUACAUGACGGAACACCACCCCCCCUCUUCCUGUGUUGUCUAAUAAACAAAAUCAUGUUUAAAAAAUUAUCAGUUUGCCACAGUCUCCAGGGAUUGAAACCUCAAACCUCUAUAGAUUACUAAACAGGCAAUAUGGUCCCUGAAUAUGUUCCCCAAACUCACUAAUGAACAUCUCAUCCACACAGCAGUUAACACUGCUUGCAUCAUUUUCUCCCUCUCUUUUUCUCCUUCAAUAGUUGUUGUUUUGCUUGGUAUGAAGCUGAUGUCUUCAUCAGCCUGUCAGAAAGGAAGUGCCUGCAGCUGUGGCAGGUCCCCCUAGAGCCUGUCGCACUCCUUGUUUCCAUGGUAGUCCUUCAGGCAGCACCAUGGGCAGACUGCGCGCAAGGACCCCUACAACCUGUUUUUUUUUUUUUUUUCCCUGAUAUGCAGCCCCGAAGCGGGCGUCAAACUGAAACGCCAAAUAGCGAGACUGCUGCAAUACUUCCUUUGCAGGUGGCGAAUUCUCUCUCAGAAGCAAUGCCAGCCAAAUCUCGUUUUAAUAAGAUGCCCCUGUUCCUCAAUUAUUGUUACGCGGGUGCUUUCAUUACAGGCAAAUGACCCUCCCUCAACUCGCCGUGUAUUCCUGCGGAGUCCUCAUAAGGCAGCAAUAAGCCAAAGCUUCUUGUUAACAUAAAGAUGUCACAUUACUUUACUUUUGAUUUGUUUUCCUUAGUAGUACGUCAAAAUAAAAACACAUCAGAGACUCGUCGUGUUGCUGAGGGGCUGAACAUCGCUGUAUUGAGAUCGCCGGGGUCAGGCCUCAGCUCUGACACCAAUAAUGAGAAGGGCUUUCCUGGAAUCAGACACUAAUGAGAUCCAAAUGACAAAACCGAUUGUUUUUACUCUUCUCGGGGUGGGCCGCACCAACAGAGGACCUCAACCUACACGCUUAGCCUGUCGAAGAUAUUCCCACAUCUCCUGUCUGUACUUUGAAAGGAAAGCCGCCGUGGAUCAGUCAGUAACGUAUGGAGAUGAACAAAGACUAGCCAACGCGAGAGCAAAGAUUACAGUCAGAAGCGGGUACAAAUAUUAAUUACAUUUUAAAGUCACGACUGCAGUUGAGCCUGAGGGUGUUCUGCGAACUCGUAGUUUGCGUGUUAUUUAUACAGUGGGUGUAUUACGCUCACUGACACCGAGCCGUAAUUUCUCGCAAUACAUCAAGUACGCCGGGGUAGCCUUUAAGAGCUUAAAUUAAGUCGCUGGCCUUUAAAAGCAUCUCUCUUAGGGGCCUGUCCGGAUUAAUAAAUUCAACUGAUUUGGCUUUAAUAUUAUUCGGAGUGCAUUAGAAUGUGGCUAACAGCUGGGGUGGUGGCCAGUCUCAGGGGCAUUGGCAGGGAGUCUGAGGGCAGGCGGGCGAGGGGCCAGAGGUCCCUCCGUUACAGGUGCGGCCCUGACAGGCUCGGCUCUCGGAUCAGAAAGGCCAGGCUCAGAUGAAAGGACGAUGAAGAGGGCCGCCGACCGCCUCGGAAACAAAGUCACCCCUUCUGCGCUGAUAACCGCUUGUGAGGAGCGUGUUUACUUUCUCUAUCCUUUUCUUUUCCUUUUAUCGUCAAAGCUAGGAAAUGUUAAACAAAGUUAAUAGAAAAGGACAGCCCUCUUGGUGACACAUUAUAACAAUAAUCAAGAAAAAAUGUAGCUUAAUAAACAUGGGAAAUCUCUUUCUCUCCGUCCCACGACUGAAUUGCGUUGCGCACCCUUGAGGAAGGACCUUGAGAACAGAGCGCCACGGAAGUGGAAAUUGGUGAAACGAUAGAAAGGAAGAUACGGGGAUGGAAAGAAAGAGAGAAAGACACCUUUGUUAGCUAUCUGUUGUCGCCUCAAUGGUCGGCGUUUAGCUCGCGCACACCCCGUCAGGCAACAAUACACAGAAUAAUUUAACCGCAUAUUUCAUUUUAAUUAACAGUGAUAUAAUGCAAUGUGACUCUCAGCCUCCAGAGGAAAGAACACAAUAUUUGGCUUGAUGAAUCUACUGGAGCCACUCGCAGUUUCUCUUCUCACCUCAUGGGAUUCAGGUAUCAUUAGAGAUAAGCAGAGAUCUGCUUUUUGUCUCACGGUAAAAAAAAAAGUGCAGACACAUGGGUGACUGCAGAAGUGUUCAAUAUUAAUAGCCUUUCAUCAAGGACACAAUUAGGACACCUCUAUUUGACACAUUCUAUAGGAGUCAGAUGAAUAUGUAUAUCUGGUGUUCUGGAAUGUGCCAGUGCACAAAAGUGACAGGGUGAAAUCACAGGACGGUAAAGGCCUGCUCAAUAAGACAACCGGAUUGAUUGCUUUUUACAAUUCGGUAUAAUUCGGUACAAUUCACAAAUCCAGUUCAAGCAACGCAGCGCAGCAGUCUGUAAGCAACAGUGUAACUGCAAAAGUAACAUUAGCGCUUUCAAACUGACAGGUUUACCUGCGUGGCAGAUCACAUAAAAACACAUCAGAGACGUGAUGGAAUAAAAUGAAAAUCAAGUAAAUAUUUUCAGCCAUACAUUAUGAAUUAUACACUAAAUUAAACGCAAAAAAGUAAAUGUAGUAAAAAGUAAAAUCAAUCAGAAACUGCUGCUUUUUUUCUGUUUUAACUUGUUUUUAUAAAUCUUGAAAAUAUAGUGCUUACUUGGAUCAUUUGUGUGCAGGCUAACUCUAUUCUUGCGAAUUGUUAAAUCUUAGGUAAGAAUUUACAAACAUGUACAUAUAUAUUUUAGGUUACAUUUACAAUGAAUGUGCUUUAUGAUUGUGCAUGAUAUAGAACUUUUAUUAGCAAAAGUAUUUUUGGGUUGGAUCAUGUUAAAAACAAAUUAAGGUAUCAUUUGCCACUUAUGUUUUCAGUGUAGAAUAUACUAAUUUAUGAAAAGUUUUGUGCAAAGAAUAUUCUCUGUUGGUCACAUUUUUUUUUUUUUUUUUAAACACAAUCAUAUAAAGUCAUAAAUGCAUUCACGCUCACCAAUUACUGUAGGGAUUGGUCUUAUCUCUGGUGAAAAUAAUUAUUCCGGUUUUUUUCUUGCUGUGUUAAAAAGACUUUGUUUUUACACCAAAAAUCAACUUAGAUCACCCUACAUAUCAAUUAUAAUUGGAGACUGGAGUUUACAAAGGUCACUGGUCACUGCCACUGAUAGUGCAGUCAAUCUCAGGGCAGGCUUUGCCUCCUCUUUCAUUAACAAGGCCUGCUAAUUACAGCCAUAUGAACUGUCCUCCAGAUCUAAAGCGUGCCACUGCGCAUAUCGUAAUUGAACACACCAUUGAUGUAAAAAAAAAAAAAAAAAAAAAAAGGAUUUAACUUCAUUUAAAGCUCCUGACUCAGAUUAAUUAGAUGUGGUCUAGCGUUGGAACCACUUUGCUCUGUGAUCAUGGUUUAAAGGGUCCAGUUGUGGAGAUAUUGAAAUGAUGUUUGUUUUGCUCAUGAGUCUAUGGUGUCAGCCACCAGGGCCCAAUUAGCCAGCAAACUGAAGCCUCUGUUAGUUUCUCCUCUUUAGCUAUGACAAGCAGUGGAGGCCCAUGUGGUUAUAUUUUUCUACUUACCCCUAUGCUACAGCCGCGCUGUGCACUGUUCAGACACGCGGUGACCGUGUAGUGAAAUGAUAAUUCCUGGAUUACAAACACAUCUGUGCCUCUUCAGAACUGCAAUGAAAAAGAAGCAGAGGUGGAAAAUGUAUGUUUGUACAUGACAUACAUCACACUACAUAACUGUACAUGAGAACGUCAUUUUCAAUCGCUUGUUGCAUAUGAAAAUAAAUUAGAAUUCAAAUGAUUAAAGUGCUGGUUAAAAUGUAUGUGUAUAUAAAUAACAAUGUAUGGAGUGUUUCCAUUUUUGUGGAUAUUCUGACAGCUGAGGGUUUUUUUUUUGUUUUUUUAAGCCCUCUAGAAAGAACAGUAAGAUGAUUUAGUGCUUGAAGGUUUCUAAUAAAAA